AUGGGAGAAAAGGAAGAGAAGAAAGAGAAAGGCGAGGAAAUCAUCAGCGCUGUGUACAAGGUUCACCUUCACUGCCGGAAAUGUGCAUGCGACAUCAAAAAGCCUCUCCUUCGAUUCCAAGGGGUUCAUGGUGUUGAGUUUGAUUUGGAGAAGAAUGAAAUCAAAGUAAAAGGGAAAAUAGAAGUCGUGAAGAUUCACAAGCUAAUCGAGAAAUGGAGCAAGAAAAAAGUUGAACUCAUCUCUCCCAAAGCCUCUGAGGUCAAGAAAACUACCACUACAACAACUACAACUACUUCUGUGGUAGAGAAAAAAACUACAGAGAUCAAAAAGGAUGUUAUUCGCACGACAGUACUAAAGGUACACAUUCAUUGCGCAAAGUGUGACAAAGAUCUUCAGGCCAAACUCUUGAAGCACAAAGCUAUUCACAUUGUGAAAACCGAUACAAAGGCGCAAACACUAACGGUACAAGGGACGAUAGAAUCCGCAAAACUUUUAACCUAUAUAAGGAAGAAAGUUCACAAGCACGCAGAGAUCAUAAGCUCAAAGACAGAAGAAGAAAAAAAGAAGGAAGAAGAGGAGAAGAAGAAGAAAGAAGAAGAGAAGAAGAAGAAAGAAGAAGAGGAGAAGAAGAAGAAAGUAGAGGUAAAAGUAGAAGUGACCAAAACGACUACUCAAGUUGUGGAGUUUAAAGAGAAAGUAAAAGUUGAGGGCCAGAAAGAUAAAGAUGGAAACAUACCUUACUUCGUCCACUACGUCUACGCUCCACAGUUGUUUAGUGAUGAAAACCCUAAUGCUUGUUGCAUUGCCUAG